AUGACAAACACGCGCGGUGCUCUCGUAGUAGUGGGAAGUGGCCCAGGCAUUGGCAGCCACGUCGCUCGCACCUUCUCAACACACGCCUUCGAACGCAUCAUCCUCCUGUCCCGCGACCCCUCGCGCCUCGACAAAGACGCCGAAUUCAUCCGCGCUAAAACUCCAUCCGCUGACAUCUCGACCCUUCCCAUCGAUCUGUCCAAGACGUCAGACAUACCCUCCGCGCUCGCCCAAGUCGACAAGGCCCUCGGCGACACUCCCCUCGAAGCCGUCCUCUUCAACGCCGCAAGAGUCGGCCCCAGCACCCUGGUAGAAUGGCCCAUCGAAGAGCUAGAAACAGACAUCCGCAUCAAAGUCACCGGCUGCUACGCCGUCGCCCAAUGGGCCAUCCCCAAACUGCUGGCUGUAAAAGAUACACACAAACCUGCCUUCCUCUGCACUUCAGGCUCCAUCUACAAAGACCCUAUCCCUGAAGUCUUUUCGCUGGCUGCGUGCAAGGCUGCCCAGCAUAAUCUGGUACACAGUAUGCACAAGAAGUACAAAGAGGAGGGUGUUUAUUGUGGUCUUGUUGCUGUUGGAGGUGUGGUUGCUGAUGAGAAUCCUCAGUGUAAUGCUGAGAAUAUUGCAAACAAGACUUGGGACUUGUAUGAGAAGCGAAAUGACCUCGAGGUCGAGAUCGUAGACCCUUGA